GAAGAACUGAGGAGAAAACUGAAGAUAAUUCUCAGAUUAAAGAACAGUAUAAACUUCAAACUGCUAAUCCAUGGAAUUUGUAUGAUGCCAGUGACUCUGAAGACCAAGAGGCCUGGAUAGACCGAUUCAGAAAAAUGGAGAAAGCCCUUUAUUUAUCUGAUGUCAAAAACACAGGCAAGCUGGAAAAAGAAAAGGCCAAACGUUUGAUCCAUAACUACAAUCAAAUUUAUGACCUGUGCCUCAGUCCUCUAAAAAUUGAUAAAGCAUUUCGGCCUUUUCAUUAUGGCCAAGACCUGCCACUGCAACCCUUACUACAAUACUUGAAGGAGCUGUAAACUCUACCAAGAGAGAGUUUUCUCAUGGUUGUCUACCCACUUGCUAAUUCAGUACAUAAACAAUCCUACUUUUAAUUUUCAACUGACAUAAAAUUAUAUAUAUAUAUAUGCAUACUGUAAAAAUAGAAAUCCCUUCUCAGUAAUACUUUUAAAUAAAGCUUUCUGUGUGAAAUGUA